UAUUCAAAGCCCGCAGCGCAGGUCUUCGUUGAGAUUGGCGUCGCUCUUAUCAAGAAAGAUGGACUGGAAAUACUGACAUAGGGGAACGCUUUUCUUACCUCUAUGCCGCUCCGUAUUCGAUCAUGGGCUCCGGAUUGGAGCCUGCCUUUCCUGGAGCCACUGGGCAAAUUUGGGCGCAAUGACCGAAGAACGCGAUUCAAAGCGUCUGCACAAACAACGACUAAAUACUGCUUUAUCGAAAGCAAUGAUUCGUAUCCUAUUCUUUGCAUUUCAAGUAUUGUCGUAGACAAGCUCAAGGUUAUUGGAUACUGGCUUGGUAUCGAGCCAUUUACGGAUGAUUGGCUUUUUUGAACUCGAGCGAAUAUCGACACAUUGCGGCAACAUCUACACCACUCCUGACGAGGGAGAUGCCAGAAAGAGUGCUGUGUGGCGGACACCAGUUACCAACCUUGAAUUCAACGAACACGGGGCAUAUGCCCGUGCGGGCGAAUUGACGCAGAGAGGAUACGAUCUGUUUCGCGGCGGCGCUACGGAAAAAACCGAAAACUCCGAUCUGGCUUCCAAGUACCAGAGAAUGCUAGAAAUGCAAUGCUCGAGCAGGUUCUUCGUCACCGAAAAGGGAUAUCUAGGUCUUGGACCACCCGACGCGGCGCCAGGGCAGGAAGUCGUUAUUUUGCUGGGGUUUCAUAUGCCAUUUGUGAUGAGCAAGAAUGAAGACGGCUCCUAUGAGCUAGUCGGAGAGGCGUAUGUUCAUGGGAUCAUGGAUGGAGAAGCUGUGCCAGGAGCAGAGGUGGAGGAGUUGAGGAUUGUAUGAUGUUUCCUAUUCAGACCGAGCUUGGGCGGGUUGUAGCUUACAUAAAUACCUUGCUUCGAGCUUUCCAAUCAAUACCCAACAUUUGCCUUCGAGCAUGACAACACAUAUGGCGUCGGUACCAGAAUACGACGUCGGACGCUGUGAGUUGGAUGAACUCGUUGGCUGCCUAGCUUAAAGGAAGGCGACUGUUUCAACAGACCCUAGGUACCUCAUCUUUCCCUCGAUUUGCUCGAGAGAUCAAUCUGCCACUGCUUCCA